AUGCCUCUGACUCGCCGAGCAAGGAACGCUUCCAGGCCAGCCGAUCCCGGCCCUAUACCUGCAGAUCUCGAACUUGGCAGGCUUUACGUAAAGGAUUUGCGAUCCCCGUGCAGCAGGCUAAACCUCAAAAUGACCGGAGGACCUGAUGCCCUGAUUAAACGAAUUGAAAAGGCACAGACUAACACAGACAACCUUCCUGGCACUCCGCCUCCUAUCCAAGAUGGCGGCGAGCACGUGAAAAAUCAAAAUGAUCAAAAUGCCAUCGAACUGCAAUUUCAGCACCUUCAGCGCCAAGUCCAGGAGCUACUAGGUGGGGAGUCGCCACAAGAUGGGCUUUUAUCAGCCACCCAGCUCACCCAAGUACAAUUGAUUGUUCAAGGGUCACUAAACAAGGUGAUCGAGAAAGCCGCAUCAGCCCCUGCUCAAGCCACACUUAGCGCCUUCAAUGGCUUGUCUCCACCAGCUACCCCUCCACCAACGCAAGCAAGAGAUUCCUCUGGGAAUGAUGCACUGCAAAUAUCUUCACCAGGGAUAAGUGUAAGUCCAGAAAACUAUUCUACUGCAGACCCAGCAAUAUUCUGUGCACGAGCUGCCGGCCAAACUGGUCAAAGAAAUCCUAACUGGUGAGUUCAUAGAACUUUCUAAAUUGCUUCCCAAGCACUUUAACGUCUUAAACCCGUCGCAGGAUGAGUCACUUACCCUUACUUUAGAAAAUUCAGUUAUUAAAAUAAACAAGGCCAAAGCUACAUCCAUAACUGACAUAACAGAGUGGACAACGGCCUUUACUGCCUACAUGGGAGUUCUUAUCAGCAAGUUCCCACACCAUGCUUCAGAGCUACUAGAAUAUGUCUCUCAUUCGAUACGCUGCUAGAUACCAUAGGGGGUUGGGUUGGUGUGUAUAUGACAUUAAGUUCUGGCAGAAGGCUGCCGCUAACAAGUCAUUGAAAUGGUCAACCAUUGAUAGUCAAUUAUGGCUUAAAACCUUUACGGUUGCCCCUUCGCUUCUAAAGGAGGACAUUAGUGUUUUCCAGUCAAGACCCUCAUCAUAAAGUAGCUCUAGGGGACCGAAAACCGUACUUGUCACAACUUCAACAGGGGGGUUCCCUGUGCCAGAACCCCUUGCAUCUACGCCCACAAAUGUAA